UCCUGGCCCACCAGUAGCUUGGGUCCCUAGAGACGGAAAGCAUGUGGAUAUGGUUACCUUUCAACAGGUUCGUGUGCAAAGUGGGAAUCUUCCGAGUCAAGCAGGAGAAAGUGGAAUACAACAAGCUCAACAAGUUCAACAUAACCUCGUAUUCAUACAAUCUCAAGGGCCAGCCUCUUCUGGACCUAGGUUCGCACAGGUGGAUCCUGUGGUACCUUUGGUAACGCCAGCACCUACUUUAACGGGAGCGGCAGAGCCAACUUCUCUCGCGGGAGCAUCACAAGAUAUCAUCGAGUUUACGCCAAUACGCGCAGUGCCAUAUGACAUUGACUUGGAUGGACUACCUGACUUUCUGGUUGUGUGGGAAGGUAAGAAAAGUACUGGUAGUUCUUUGAGAAGUUCUAGUACUUCGUUUGUCACGCAAGUAUAUCUGCAAGAGAAUCUUGCUCAGCUGCAGCCAGAGGAAGAUGAAGGUCAAGGUAGUGGUCCAGCUCAGCCUCAGACCCCUCCUUCUCCACCAAGCGGCACGUCGACUCUCGCUACACGCUCUUUCCGAGUUACUAGUGAUUUGAUCGAGAGUGUGAAUGAGCCGUAUUUGGCUGAUAUAAACCUCGAUGGCGCAAUGGAUUUGGUGUAUAUCCAUAAGACGAAAGGAAAUGUGGUGAGGUUUUUUCAGCUGGGUGGUGGGUUUUCAACAAAUAACUACAGUGGACGUGGAGGUGAGCACCCGACAACAAGUGCUACUAGUUCGGCACUUCUCUUUUAUCCAGGUGGUGGCAACGAACACGAAUUGCACAAGGUCUUACCGUUUCCUGGUAACUACCAAGGCGCCAGUUCGAGAGCAGGACACCAAGAAACUACUUCACUAGGCGACAGUUCUGGCCAAGCCACUCUGCGAGCAGAAGGACAACAAGCUGCUUCAGCAGUAGCAGACAGUUCAGCAUCCUUCAUCCUAAGCAAACAACAUGGAGCAUCUACGGUGGAUGUAGACGGCGAUUGCAUUCCAGAGCUGGUGCUGGUGACUCAAGACGUAAGGCCCGACUCUCCGGAGAUUGGACAGCUCAGAGUAUUGAUGUUCUCAACAUAUGAUCCG